AUGGCGACUCAGAAUCUCGAUAUCGAGCGCGAGCUUUCGCGUGACGAAAAGUCUGGCACCAUGCACAGCGAGCACAUGGGCGGCGGUCUUUCUCAAGAAGACGCCGACUUUGUGAACAACUUCCCUGAGGAACGCAAGAAGGCAGUCGUUCGAAAGGUUGAUAUGCGUCUUAUCCCUAUGCUUGUCCUCUUGUAUUUGAUCGCAUAUUUGGACAAGACAAACAUCGGAAAUGCCAAGAUUGAAGGAAUGACCGUUGACUUGCACCUCAAGGGCAUUGAGUACAACAUCGUCACCGCCAUCUUCUUCAUCCCCUUUGUGCUUUGCGAGGUUCCUUCAAACAUGAUCCUUCACAAGUUCAGGAGACCGUCUAUCUACAUGGGAGGCAUUGUCUUUUGCUGGGGUGUUAUCAUGACUUUGACGGCCCUUGUCCAAAACUACGCCGGUCUCUUGGUUAUUCGCUUUCUCCUCGGUAUCUUUGAAGCUGGUUUCCUACCUGGUGCCAUCUUGAUCAUCUCCAACUGGUACCUCCCCAACGAAACCCAGACUCGAAUCGCGAUCCUAUAUACCUCAGCUGCUACUGGCGGUGCUUUCUCUGGUCUUCUUGCUUUCGCCAUCGCGAAGAUGGAUGGUAUGGCAGGUCUCGAAGGCUGGCGUUGGAUCUUCUUGAUUGAAGCACUAUCUACCCGCUGGCUCAGCGCGGACGAUAUUCGAUAUCUCGAACUUCGACAGCUCGCUCGACGAUCCUCUGUACCCUCAGAUUACAAGGAGAACGACCACUUCAACCUUCGACUUUUCAAGGAUAUCCUCUGCGAUUAUAAGAUCUGGCUCCUCUUCUUUGCCAACUGGUCCAACGCUGUUCCCAACUACGCCAUGAAGUUCACUAUGCCUACUAUCCUUCGCGGAAUGGGCUACACUUCUAGCGACGCGCAGCUUAUGACCAUUCCUCCCUACGCUAUUGGCGCUAUCUCUGCAUAUGCAUUUGCCAUCUUUGCUGACAAGUACUCGUGGCGAGCUCCCUUUAUCCUGGGACCCCAGUGCUGUCUUGUAACUGCUUUCAUCAUCCUUUUCGUCAAGUCCGGUGACAUCGACAACAACAUCGCUGUUUGUUACUUUGCCGUCUGCCUGGCAUGCUUUGGAAUGUACCCUAUCCUUCCAGGAGUCAACGCUUGGAAUGUCGCCAACACCCCUGAUCCUGCCAAGCGAUCCGUCAACAUCGGAAUUUUGGUCUGUGUUGGUAACAUCGGUGGCUUGAUCGGUUCUUAUAUCUACCUUGAGCGUGAGGCACCUCGAUAUCCUGUUGGAUACGGCACUUCGCUUGCCUUCGGCUUGGCUGGUAUCGUUGCGGUCGUGCUGCUUGAGACUCUGCUUAAGCGAGGAAAUGCCAAGAAGGCCAAGAUGACCGAGCAAGAGAUCCGCCAGCGAUACUCUGAGGAAGAGCUCGUUCGCAUGGGAGAGAAGAGCCCCCUCUUCAAGUAUGCUCUGUAA